AAGUACCGAAGUGAAGGAAAAAAAGAGUAAAGGAAUAAAAGAAAAAAAAUUCAUAUCCACGCAUAUUCCUUUUUUACCACAGAACCUCAAGCUGUGUGAUUAAAUCCUGAGUUACGAAGAGGGACUAUCGAAUUCACAUUUUAACCUAUUUCUUUUUUUCCCCCCUAUGUUCGCAGAAAAACCCCCUCAUGAAAAAAUCGCUUGAGAAACAUGAGGACAUCCGUUCCCAAUGUGGGAAUCCGCCAUGGCAGGUGGUGGCGUCAGCCCUAAACAUGCAUCAAGGAGACGAGAAUUUAACGAUUAAAUUCCUCCGCUCCAAUGAGCCGCAGGAAACCUCGGCUCCGGCUCCGGCUCCGGCUCCGGCUCCGCACCGCCCACGCCCUUACGCUCACCAGCACCAAAGCCGGGCUCAUGGGCACAGCCAUUCUCACCACAGCCGCCACAGCAAUUCUCACCCCAGUACAAGCAGAGGACCACCGACACCACACAAAAAAAUUGAGCUCUUCACAAAAAAAUGGAUCAAAAGAGCCGAAAACAAGCAGCCUGCUCAGACGAGGCUGGAGGGGAUGCGGACAAAGUUCCGCAACGAACGGGAGCCAUCUCCUCCACCUCGUUCUGACAGGAGCAGAAGCCGCGACACUCAUCGCCGCGACACUCAUCGCCGCGAAACAAGCCUGUAAAGAGGUCGGAAAGCCACAUAAUUGGAGAUGGUGUUCCCGACGUUUGUUAUGCAAAGAAAAGCUGCAGACAAAUAAAUAUUUUUUUAAUUACGAUUACUCGGUAGUGAUUCAUUGUUGCCUGUUGAAUGAGCCAUGACUUUUUAUUCUGAUCCAGUUGUUUAAGUGCCUGUCAUGUUCAUAAUUUUUUCUAAAUUUAUGUCUGUAUAUGCACAGACAUUAUGCAGGUGAAUUAGGGUUAAUGAUAAUUUUUUAGUUUCUAAAUCGUUCCACUAUAUUUUUA